AUGAAAUUCCCGACGGAGAAUCCCAGAAAACCUGGGAACAUGGACCCCCCACCAGUGGCAGUCCAGACCAACCUGGUCCCCCCCAAGAAGGUGCAGCCAGGCAUGCUUCAGUCCAGCCUGGUGCACGCCAGCGUGGCCACCAUGCAGAACCCGAUGGGCUGCACUGUGCCGCGGCUCUCCGUCUCCUCACGACCCCCCAGCGUGGUGGCCAGCAUGGAGGCGGUGGCCGACGGGUCUGCCCCCUUCACCAUGAUGAAGCUGAAGACAGUGCUGGCAGUAUUCGUGGUGGUGGUGGCCUACCUGGUGGCGGGGGGCUUGGUGUUCCGGGCACUGGAGCAGCCCUUUGAAAACAAUCAGAAGAUCACCAUAACAGCAGAGAAGGCAGCCUUCCUCCAGAAACACCCGUGUGUAUCUCCGGAUGAGCUGGAGGCUGUCAUCAAGCAUUCUGUAGACGCUGUGAAUGCCGGAGUGAAUCCUAUUGGUGAUACCUCCUACAACUCCAGCCACUGGGAUCUGGGAAGUGCCUUCUUCUUCGCUGGAACUGUCAUCACAACCAUAGGGUAUGGUAACAUUGCCCCGAGCACAGAGGGAGGAAAGAUUUUCUGUAUUCUGUAUGCAAUAUUUGGCAUCCCACUGUUUGGAUUCCUCCUGGCAGGCGUUGGGGACCAGCUAGGUACCAUAUUUGUCAAAAGCAUUGCCAAGGUGGAGAAGAUGUUCCGGAAUAAACACAACCAGAUAAGCCAGACUAAAAUCCGUGUGGCCUCCACUCUCCUCUUCAUCCUGGCUGGCUGCAUCUUGUUUGUCACCAUCCCAGCUGUGAUCUUCAAACACAUUGAGGGCUGGACGGCUCUGGAGUCAACAUAUUUUGUCGUCAUCACUCUGACAACAGUUGGAAUAGGAGACUAUGUGGCAGGGGGAGACCGGAGGAUCGAGUACCGGAAGUGGUACAGACCACUAGUGUGGUUCUGGAUCCUGGGUGGUCUGGCCUACUUUGCUGCAGUGCUGAACAUGAUUGGUGACUGGCUGAGGGUGCUGUCCAAAAAGACAAAAGAAGAGGUUGGAGAGAUCAAGGCUCAUGCAGCAGAGUGGAAAGCAAAUGUGCGAGCAGAGUUACGGGAGACACGACGGCGUAUGAGUGUCGAGGUCCACGACAAGCUGCAGCGAGCCGCCACCAUCCGGAGCAUGGAGAGACGGCAGCUGGGCCUGGACCAGCGCGCCGUGUCCCUGGACAUGCUUUCCCCAGAGCGCCGCGCCAUCUUCAACAGCCUGGACACCAACAGCUAUAAGACCUCCUCCCAGGAGAGCAUCGACACCAAGCUGAACAACCUCCGGCUUCGGGGGGCCGAGCAGUGUGACCGGCGCUCCAACGACCAAACCACAUCUGAGGACAACAUUUUCAACCGCCUGGGCUCUGUCACCAAGCUGGCCAAGCGCAACAGGAAUCGGGACCUAAAGAAAAACAUCCCAGACGAGGCUCGACGGCCUCACAGCGAGGCCUACUGUUGCACGCCCACUUUCGACUGCAGCACACCCAUUGCAGAUGAAGGUAAAAGGAAGGACGAAGGAGAGGAUGAGAAUGAGGAAAAGGAGUGCAACACUAGCUUGUCUGAUUUUCCACUGUUUGUGGAAGCUUGCAAGCCACAGAAUGGGUUUUUUCCAGAGCAGACCAAAGAGAAUGACAGUGAGAAAACACAUCCAUCAAAAGAGCUGCAUAUUCAGAUGGACCCAUAG